UCUCACGCCACCUCUAUUUUUCUUCUGCCUCCUCGAACCUUCUUUUUCUCACUUCUCAUAAAAAAGGUCAUUUCAAAAAAAAAUCAGAAACCGUCAAAAAGCCACCGUUGAUAUUUCUUCCUUGUUGCUUCUUCAAUGGCGUCGUUCGACGAAGCACCUCCCGGAAACCCCAAAGCCGGUGAAAAGAUCUUCAGAACCAAGUGCGCUCAGUGUCACACCGUCGAGAAAGGUGCCGGUCACAAACAAGGACCGAAUUUGAAUGGAUUGUUUGGAAGACAAUCUGGAACAACUCCAGGAUAUUCUUACUCUGCUGCUAACAAAAGCAUGGCUGUGAAUUGGGAGGAGAAGACUCUUUACGAUUACUUGUUGAAUCCUAAGAAGUACAUCCCUGGAACAAAAAUGGUGUUUCCUGGACUGAAAAAACCGCAAGAUCGUGCCGAUCUCAUCGCUUAUUUGAAGGAAGGUACUGCUUAGACAGGCUCGUCCAGAUAUAUGAAGCUGGCAUUUUUUUUUCUCACAGCUAAAUAAAAUCAGACCAAAAAUAUUAUGGUCAUGAACUGCUUUUUGUAUGGUCUUUUAUUCUUUCUUUCUUUUUACGUUGUUGAAGAGGCUAGUUGCCUCUUAUAAAGUGGAAUAUUCGUUAUUGAUGUGAAGAGCUAAGAACCAAUUUCCACCACGAUAGUCAUGAGAUUUUCCUAAUUCAACUUGCCUACUUUUGUUACGAGUUUAGAAUCUUUUUUUCAGUUGUUCAUUUUCAUUUCAAUAAUUAGACAAAUACGUAAGAGAUGCGCAUAAUUCAGCUAAAUCAGUAGAAC